AUGUCGAAGAAGAAACUUGUUGAAGCUGACACCGUUGAAGUCACCCAUGGGUGUAGUGCUAUCAUGAGUAGCAAAAUUAUGGAAAAGAAAGAGGACCCUGGGGCCUUUACCAUUCCAUGCACCAUCGGGACACAUAAGUUUAAAAAAACUUUAUUUGACCUUGGUGCGAGUAUUAAUAUCAUUCCCUUUGCAAUAUAUCAGAGGCUUGGAUUGAGUAUCCCCACUCCAAAAUCGAUGAAGAUUUUGAUGGUGGACCGGUCCAUAAAGAAAUCGAUUGGUGUUUUGUUCAACGUAUUGGUGAAAGUGGAUAAAUUCAUAAUUGUAGCAGAUUUUGUGAUGUUAGAUUGUGAUAUGGACCAAGAGGUGCCUAUUAUCCUUAGUCGACCUUUUUUUGCUACUGGAAGGGGCAUUGUAGAUUUGGAGCUUGGGGAAAUGAGGUUUAGAGUCCAUAAUGGUGAAGUGUCAUUUCAGGUGGGAAAAAUAAAGAAGCAACCCAUGAAGCUUAAGGUGGCGUCAACGAUAGGUGUUGAGGUUGAGAAAGUGAAGAAUGGGAUUGCCUUAUGGAAGAUUACAACCAAGUUUGCUUUCGAGAGAGGAAUUUGCUUGGAUAAAGUGAUGGAAAAGCUUCCAGCAUUUCAUGACAGGCUAGUGGCCACUGGAUGGUAG